CUGCCCUUCUUGUCACAUUCGAGCCAUCCCAUUUGUGUUGUCAAGAAUUUGAAAACAGAACAUUAAUGAACACAACAAAUGGAAUGUAGCUUGAUUUAGAAGUGGGUUUUUUAUGACCAUGAUUUUUGUGUGCGAAGAAUAAAAGUAAUUGUAGUGGAUUGGAAAUUCUUCCCCAAAAUGAAAAAGAGUCUAGUUUGUUUAAAACUGCUCUCCAAGUUUGAAUGCUCCUAGAGGUUGGCAUUUCUUAAGGAUAACGCUGCAUGUUUUGCAUGUUUGGAGUCUUUGGAGUGAUGGGAAAACUUGACUCCACUGCCCAUCACAGCAUCAAAACACUUGAUGAAUAAAUUUCACAGAGUGAGCCAUUGUUGGAUGAUGGAGUGAUUUGUGGUUUCAAGUGGAUACAUGCAGAUUCAGUGGUGUGAUGUCGAGCCCAUUCACACUACAGUUCAAACAACAGUCUUCAACAAAACACACACAAAAAAACUGAAGAUGCCUUUGAAUCAUACAACUUGUGUGGAUAAGUAGAUUUUAUUCAUAUUAUUGUUUUGCAUCAGAGUGAUGUGGUGCACAACGCUUAGCCACAACUGAUUCCGAAUAUGUUAGCUCUGUUACCAACCAAGCCAUGCUUUUCGAAUAUGUUUAGGUGUCACUGUUGCACGAAUUAUGGGCGUCAGUGGUGAUCAUUCUAAUGCAACUGGCCUCAUGCAACUUAACAAUUUAUUCAAAACAUAGAAUAAGUGACAAUUUGAAGUGUUUUUUGAUAAAUGCUGAUAGUUACUAAAUAAAGAACUUGACUAAAUUCAAAAGAGCACUAAUGCAAAUAGACGUAUACAUACCUUACAUAAUCAUCUAUAUUCUGUACAUACCUUACAUAAUCAUCUAUAUUGGGUAAAUGCAAAGGCGGAAUCAAAAGAAACAAUGGGGGCAACAUGUCUUAUUUUACCUUUAAAUGAUGCCUGAAGAGAGGCAGUGCCAUUGCACCACUAAAUCCAUGUAAAGCCAGUGUGUCCUAAAGGAUGUGCAAUGAAGCGUGUGUUUCAACAAGGAACUUGGUGCUGAAGAGUCCAUCCCCUCCUCUCCACUUUCUUGUCUCUUGGUCUUCUCUGACCUCUGAUUUAGUUUGCGGCGAGUGGGCACUACCAUCCUCAGGAAUGGCACUACUCCCACAUCCACAAUGCUAUUUUGGGACCAUUUGGGGAACUGAUGACCGAGGGUGAUCUCAACUGCAUUGAGAAGCAAAUUGAGAACCUACAAGUGAUGCACAAGGUCUCCGAAGUUGAGAAGGAGCUGGAAGAGCUCGAGCAGGAGCUGCAUCAGCUUCUACCCGUUUCUGCAGCACUCACUCAAGGACAUUUUUCAGUCAAUCCAAAGCAGGUGCAUGGCCAAGCUGAAGAUCUUCCAGCGUGGUGCAGCAAAAUUUCUACCUUGCUCAAGAGCAUGGCCAUUCUUCUUGCCACACUGGGGGGUAAAGAGAUUGACAUUCUGGAACUGUUAAGCCCCGGAUAUUCUCCAAAAGGGACAAAGAAUGUGGCAGCGGUUCAGCCUGAUUCAGCGACGGGAUUUAUUGGGCGCUCUCAGUCGUUCUCUACAAAGGAAGAUGUGGAGAAGGAGAUGAAGCAGUUUGGCGUAUCGGUGAAGAACCUCAAGGCAAAUUAUGAAAUUCAGUCACAACCUGCGAGUAGCAAAGAAACACGGGUGUAUAAACGCCAGAGCUCACUUCCAGUUGUAAGCAAGUCGAAAAAUAGUCCAGAGAGUGUUUGUCAAGAUGACCCAUGUUCUUCUGUUGGCUCGCCUCAGUCCCACACCAACGGUUCUCUGCCUUUACAGGAGGAGCCGGUAUUGAAACUUGUUGAAGAGCCAGUCAUCGGGGCAUCUCAUGCUCCUCAAACCUAUGCAGCCACGGAGAUGAUAGCUCCAACUAAGAUUGAGGAGUUUAACCAGGUUCUUUCUGCAGACUCCUUUUUAAACAAUCACCAACUAACAAGAAGUUUGGAGGUGCAGACAGAUCUGAGCUAUGUUCAGGAAUGCAUUGAAACAAGGAAAGAGAGGAUUGUCUUCCUGUUCCUUGAACACUGGCGCAAAUACACCAUCUCUGAAGCUGGCAGAAGAGGAAAUAAUCUGGAUGUGAGCUGGGAGAACUUCAGUCAGGCUAACAUGGAGGACGGAAGCGUUGGACAGAUUCACAGAGAAGACGAUAAGCUCCUCCUUUUCAUGAAGUCCAAGCAAGUGGUGGGGAAACUGAUCGGCCACUGGAGGACUAUCAUGAGCCAAGUGCCCAGCCGUCAAAUUCGCAGGCUGAGUCGAGCCCAGAUGAUCUACUGGCCCGAACACUUCUUGCCGCACAUCAACGGCUCACCUGUGAGCUACGAAAGCCUGACGCUUGAUCUUUUCAUGCUCGGAUACUUCCAGCUGCUGGAAAUGAACAUGUCGCGUGACGAGCGCAAAUUCCGCCACCUCUUGUGCUAUGAGAUGUUUGAUCGCCUCGGAAGGCAUCAGUGGGAAGUCAUCAAGCAGUUUCACAAGGAGGUGAUGGGGGAAAUUGAGAGAGGAACGAGAGACUGGCCGGAUGGUUUUGAGGACAUCAAGCUGAAGUACUUUGGGGACUCUGAUGACGAGGGAGGUGUAAUGACGGCCUCUCUGCAUUCGAUGUCUCCUGAGGUGGCCUUCAUUCCAGUGGAAGAGCCCCUUCCGCCCCCACCCUGUCAUCCGCCACCCCUUCCGCCUCCAAAUACACAUCCUCCCUCGCCAUCUCAAAUCGAUUUGCCUUUCGUCUCCCCCGCUGCAGCCCUAGAUGCUGCAUUGGAUACCAGCCAGUGUGGGGAACAGAACUCACUUCUGGACUCGGUCAAUAAUUCACAGAUGGAUUUACAAAACAGUGAGCAUGUGUCACUAAAUGAGCCGAAUGCUCAGCAGGAUGAGAUAAGGAGCAUGCAAAAUACUGACACAACAAAAAAUGCCGAGACACUUCCGUGCACCGCAGAAAACAAAGAAGAGGUUCCAGAUGAAGACGUUACUGUAAAAACCACCACAGAAGCAGUUGAUCAAACUCGAGGAAAAGAUGAUUCCAUCAACGUCAUCUAUGAACUCAAGGAGUUUAGCAAUGAGGAGAUCAUUCGGUACAUUGAUCGAAGCUUCGCAUUCUGGAAGGAAAAGGAAGCUGAGCUUUUUGACAUCUAAACAUGUUUUGACUAUAACUCCGCAUUACAGCAGACAGAAAAGGCAUAACUUGCAACAUCAGUAAAAUGAGCAUGCACUUCCCAGCAAAGAAAGGGAAAUAAUAAAAAUAUUAUAAAUAUAAUAUUAUAUAAUACUAUAAAUAUAAUAAAAAAUAAUUGGUUGAUUCCUUUAUUCACCUACAUGGGAAAGAAAGAAAUCAUUUUCUUUGACAAUGAAUAAAACAUUUAAUUAAUAUGCAGUGAGUUUCUAAAUACUCUUACAUCUCUUAUGGCUAAAAGGAAAUGUAAAUCUUUUUGUCUUCUCAAAAACGGGUUUUAUUUGGUGUGGUAGACCUCUGAAUCAAUUUUAGGUAUGGAAUAUACAACAACACUGGUUAAUGGACUGAAGAUCUGAAUUGGCAUCUAUUACUGUGAUCUAUUCUGCAUUUUCACAAUAUUUUUGUAUCAUUUGUGUGCUUAGAGAUUUGCCUGAUUUAAAUGUGUGUUCGAAUUUGACUGGAUAAAUAAAGUUGUUUUUCAUUUUUUGUGAAUAAAUACAGUAAUCUCAUGAGGUCUUUGGUAAAACAGAAAACUUCCUAAUGGCCAAGGUCAUUUUUUUCCCAGUUUUUCUUCUCCCCCCCCAAAAAAAUCCUGAACCAAAUAAUGAAUAUAUUUAAGAAUUUCAUUCAUAAAUGGAGAAUCACUUAAUCUGUUCGGUUUAGACCAGGGAGGUCAAACUCUUUUUUUUCACGGGCUACAUUGUAGUCAUAGCUUCUUUCGGAGGGCCAUUAUGACUGUCAACCCAAAUAAAUAUAUGAGCACCUCAUAUUAUAUACAGUAAAAGCUACAAACAAAAUGACAAAUGACUCCUUUUCAAAUCAGACGAGUAAAAACUGGUCAAAUAUUUAAAAAAAAGAUAUUAUUAAAGUGAAGACAAUUUGCAAUUCAAGUAAUGACACACGGAUUUGAACUUGUCUUCGCGGGUCACAUAAAAUGAUGUGGCGGGCCGUAUUUGGCCCCCGGGCCUUGAGUCUGACACCUGUGGUUUAGACUUUUGAGGUUUGAUUUUAGCAGAAAUAGCCAGCAUUGAGAAAAGAUAACAUUUGGUCAUAAAUAUAUAAAGACAUAAGCCAAUGUUUUAUGAAGGUGACAAUAUUGUAAACAGAAGCUGGACCAAUACAAAGAGACAAGAUGGUAUCUUGGUUGUGAGACAUUGAACUUUUGUCGUUACGUCCUACCGCAUUGAGAUUACCUUCCAAUAACCCGCUUAGCAACUCCCGCUGUCGUGCUAUCUUUGACUUAAGGAGGUUAUAGCGACUCUUUAUCAAUUGCAAACGAAUGCGUUAACGAAUAUCAUUGUAAUGAACGUAUUGAAUUGAUGGAUUUGAGAGUUAUUUAAGAUGAUGA